CUAUCAGUCUGCUGCGUUUUUUUACAUCGUCAUCGAUGUUCAGUGGAAAGCCUAAACAUUAUGCUGUAAGUAUGAAAAAAUAAACCUUUUGAGACCAGAUCUAGAAACACCUCCAUCUCGUCUCUACACUUCUAUCCUCGCCCACCAUGUCCUCGUCACCAGCCCCGGGAGCUCCUCCCCCUCCCAACCCCCUCCACGCCGAGGCCAAGAGCCGUCUUCUCAACCGAAUCCAAAAAAGGCAGAAAAUCGAGGACCAGGAAAGGCUACUCCAGCAGAAAGAAAAAGCGUUCGACGGUACUACUGCCCGGAUCAAGCCAACGCAGAGAGAGAACAUGCUGCACGAUUUGCUCAAUCCCGGCCAACAGGAGGAGAAAACUGCCUUCGAGCAGCUCCGGUCGGACUUGAACCGCUGCAGGACGAUUUUGGAAAAGAGGAAACAGGAAGAAGAUCAGUUGCUGGAGAUGGAAAGGAAAACGCGGACCAGCACCAGAAACAGCACCGGUGGACAAGCUGGCACAUCCUCCUCUUCGCGUGCCUUUGGAGGAAGCAGUAAUAUCAAAGGCGGGAAGCAGGCCGGCGCAACGUCCGGACAACAGCCUUUCAACAGUGGCGCAAAGAUCCCGAUCACCACGGACCACACGAACAUCCUGCAAACCUGCACAAAGCUGCUACAGAAAACGGAGAAUUUUGUCGACCAAAUCGAGAAGCAGGAGAACAAAAAACGGCUGGACUUGCAAGUGAAGCACGAAAGAGAAAUCGAGCAGCUGUAUGAAGUGACGGAGAAGCUGAAGCAUUGGUAUGAGGAAUUGGACAAUGAAGUUCAGGAAAGAGACGACCACGCCGAAGAAUUGUUUGCCAAAUCAAAAAUCCCAGCGAGUAGCAGUCCUGUGUUGAACGAAAUCCGGAGUUACGUACGGAAGGUUUUCUCAGACCUGGAACAAGUUUUCGUGUCCGAGGACAUUGUCGGGGCGACAAAGGUAUCAAAUGCAAAAGCGUCUGGGUCUGGAAGGAUCCGAACUUGUGAUGCGCAUUUUACGACACAGAAAAAUCUCUCAUGCAUAGGUAGCAAAAGCUGCCCACUUGCUGUCACCAACAUGGGGGAUUUCUCAUGCGGGCUCGGCAUUGCGGAAGCUUCUCGAAACCUGUGACGCUAGAGCUUCCAUGCAAAACCUUCUGUGUCAUGCAAAAACAGCAUGACUCUUUCAGACCCAGACAGUUUUACAUUUGAUAAAAGGACUCGAUUCUGCAGCGGGAAAAGGCAGUGGAGAUGCGGAUUAAUGAAAUCCACGAUCUGAUGCAGGAGAAGGUACUGAAUACGUACGUAAGAAUCGUUUAUUAUGUUUUACUUUUAUUCCGUGUUCCGCAUGACAAAGAUUCAAACAGAAACCAUGCGUGUAUUUGUUGUUAGUGUUACUGCAUAGCUGCUGCUGCAUGACAAAGAACGACAUGCUUGUCCAAUUUUUGAAACUCAGGUCGACGCCGUCCUCGCCACCUUGGAAGGGAAUUUGACUGACCAAUGGCAGUCCGCGCUCCGGGAUUCUUAUUCCGAGUUCGAUCGACAGAGGGUCGGGCCGCACCCGAUAAAGGAUAACCGGCAGUACUUGCAGAAGUCGAGAGAAGUCAGGGAGUAUGGUUUGCAAAAGUAUCGUACUCCUACUCGUAUGAGUGCAUCACAAAUUUCCUCAGCAUGACAAAUAAAAUUUGUAAUGCUGAUUUAGCUUAAGAAAAAGAUUUGUAAUGCAUAAAUGCAAUUAGUACGAGUGCGAUACUUUUGCACAGGAUAGGGAGCUACAUGCAGAGCACCUCGCGUUGCUCCCAAUAGCGCAGGACUUAAUGGAUGUGGAAAAAGAGUUCAGAUUCAUCGAUUUUCUGGACAAAAAAGACACGCCACAAGAUACACAGCCGGAUCCUCAGUCGGAGGACGCAAAUAAUAACUCUGACUACGUCAAUCGCUACGCUCGGAUGCAGUCUUUGGACGAAAUGAAGAAACAGGUGGUCGAGAAUUACGAGCUGCUUUUCCAGAAACUGCAAAAAGUGCUCGACUACGUGAAGCAGAAGAUGCAGCAGUUGAACGACCAGUUUUUCGACGACGACGGAGAAGAUGGCCAGGAUACUACAACAACCGAGAGAAAAAAGCAGGAGAAGAAACAACUAGAACAGGCAGAAGCGGAGAUCGCUUCGGUUUUCCAUUUUCGGGACGAGCACCUGUUGCUGAUCGAAGACUUGCGGGACCUGAUCGACGAGAAGUUAACCGCGAAGGAGAAAGUCUUACUCCCUUCCCUCGAGUCGCAGAAGACCUUGAUGAAGCAUUUGACGAAAGCGUCGCAAGUUUUGUAUCAAAAAGUCGACUUGUUUCAAACGGAGUACCACGGGAUGCAGGCCUAUUUUGAGCAGAAGUUCAAGAACCGACAAAGGGAUUUAGUCACCCACGUUUCCCAUCUGGAGCAGAAACUGGAGCUCCUGCACGCGGACAAGGCCAGUUCGAAUAAGUUGUUUUUCCAGCGGUGUCUGUCGGAGAAUUUCUUACGCUACCCGUUCGAAACGCAAACGACGUAUUAUGGCGCUCUCAACUGUUACAUUCCCAACUGUUACAUGAAUUAGAAUCUGUGAUGCAAGAAGGGCAAAAGUGAAAGGGGUGACCUUGCACGUCCCGCAUCACAGAUUUGCCACAGAUUCUCACCCUAUUUGGCUUUCCUAGAAUUUGUCAUGCGAAGCAGCUUGAUCGCGUCGACUCUGCUUGUAAUUUGGCAUGACAAAUCAUGUAACAGUUGAGAAUGUAACGUCUGAGAACGCCAUACGUAUUUGGCGCUCAUGGCGCGGGUGACGGAGUUGGAUAUCCCGUGCAAAAGUAUCGUACUCGUAUUGCGAUCAUGCAUUAGAAGUCUUUUUUUUAAGGUAAAUCCGCAUUACAAAUUUUAUUUAUGUAGGUCAAUUCCCAACGACCCUAAAUCACUAUGAUCGCAUUCACAAAAAGAAAAAAGAGCCGGCGCAGAUUGUGCCGGGCGAUUCGGAUGGUAAGCAGAAGCAAAGCCGCCCACCACCAGAGGCAGGCGCGCUAGGAAUUUCCGUUGGCGGCCGCGUUGCGGCGGCCCGCGCCACACCAUUCGCACUUGGCCCAGCGCUCCGGCGGCAUUCCCUGGAGCCGUUGCUGGGGGGUGCAGGGCCGAGCCACUCGUUGCUGUGGUCGCAUUAGCGAGCGGCCCACAGCAACGAUAGCACGCAUAGCACGCACAGCACGCAUAGCACGCACAGCACCGUGCGCGGGCCAAAAUUGUGUGCUAUGUGUGCUGUGGCACCCCCGACACAGCAAACAUAGCAAGCAUAGCACGCAUAGUACGCAUAGCAACGAGUGGGCAUUAGGCCGAUUCUCUGCGACCCUGACUGCGCGCAGCAGGCGGGGGCGCGGCCGCAGUAGGACUAGGGUGCCAGGGGGCCCAACUGGAGCAGCCGCUUAUCCAGCGAACAGCGAGGAGCUCUACACUGCAGCCGUGGGAGUUCUAAUGACCCGGGGGCGUGCCACGAUGCAGGGCGACAAUUCAGCACUCGCUCCAGAUUCGACAGCCAUUUUUUUUUUCUUGUAUUGCAAUCAUAGCACAGAAGGGUCGUUGGGAAAUUGGCCUACUCGAUUUUAUUUCUCAUGCUGAGGCAAUUUGUAAUGCAUUUAUACGACUACGAUACUUUUGCAGUUCAUAUUGGAGAUGCAUUUACAAUCUAUCGUGAACAAGGGGUUUCCGGAACUGGCUGUGGACAACGAGUACAGCGAGAAAUUAUUAGUUGGAAAUUUGAAGAAAAAGGAGCUGUUGAGGAUUCUAAUCGACCGGAUCCACGAGUUGGAAGACGAGAAAAUCCUGGAGAAGAUCAAGUUCAAAACCCACGUUGCGGGAGAGGAGUACUUGACAAAACCCACAGCGGAAAAUCCCCACGGAGUUUUGUUUUCCGCGCUGGAUUAUCAAAUGCAAAAGUGUCUGGGUCUGGAAGAGUCCAGCUUGUCAUGCUAAAUCUGAAGCAUGCAAAAAUCUGCGCUGCAUGAUUGCCAAAAGUCGUCCAGUUUUGACCAAGUCGGCGGGAGGGAGUUUCUCAUGCAGGAUAGGCAUGUUGAGAGAGAUCGCACAGAAUCUGUCAUGGUAGGUCCUGCAUUCCAAACAUCAUGGGCCAUGGAAAAACUGCAUCACAAUCAAUCUCCCAGACAUUUUUGCAUUUGAUAUGGAUCACCCAGAAGCAGAGGAGGAGAGGAAAAACCAGCAAAAUAAAUCCACCAGCGAAAAAAUAAAGCAAGAAGAGUCCUUCAAGGAGAGGAGAAAACUAGAGAAGAUGAAGCACGAGAACUUCAUUCUCAUCGUCAGUGAGAAGAUUGAGAAGAAGAUAAAAGAGCUGAAGAAGCAGAAGUUUAUCCGCAGCGACCACGCCAUGAAUAAUAAUUCUAUCGACGAUGGAGAGACAAAUGACGAAAUUUCUGUUGCGGAUACGGAGGACUCCGUGGUGCAGAUGAAGAUUAUCCAGAAACAGGCAGUGAGGAAAGUGAAGAAGGAAAUUGAGGAAAGAAAAUUGAUGGAGGAAGAACACGCGGACCCGAGCACACUCCUAAGCUCUGCAAAAGUAAUAUCGUGCUCGUACUUCUGUCUGAUUGCAGUCAUGCAUGACAGAUCUUGUGCUCGACCUGACUCUGCAUAACAAACUCGAUUUCUCCUGCUCGACAAGUACAAGUAGGAACCUGUAAUGCAAUCGCUACUAGUACGGUUACGGUAGCGUAGGAUACUUUUGCAAUGCAUAACUGCUAGACAAACACGAAAGAACACGGCAAAGGAGACUCGACCUCGACAUCGAAAACCUCCCCAGCUUCGGGAACCACGAGGACGCACGGCAUUUGCUCGAUUGGGAUUUGGACGUGGCGAACAGCAUGUUGACAGCGGAUGGGAAGAAGAAACUCCGACUAAACAAGAAGUUGAAGAUAGCGGACCCGGCGAACACGAUGUUGAAUUUGGAUAACUUCAUCGGUAACAACGCGGAAUUCUUAGAUGAUUUCCUAGUUGACGACAUUGAAGACGAUGAAGGGGACGACCUUGAUAGUUGUUUGGCAAAUGAGUUAGACGCGGACCCGAGUUCUCUUGCGUUUAAACAGGCCGUGAAGCUGCGGGAUGGCGAUGCGAAAAAAUCGGUCUUGAUGAACCCGAUUCCCGAAGCAGAGAUGAUUGACGACAUAUCCUUCGGGGAAGGGAUGAGUCAGGGAGAAGUAAACGACCACAUGAUUGUGAACUACGGGAAAGCAAGUCGUGGUGGAUCUUCAUCGUCUUCGUCUACCGCAAAAGCUGCAGCAGGCCGGGGCCACCGCAUCAGUAGAACCAGCACAGGAGCAGGUGGUCCUGCAAAGAACAAUAAACCGAAGCCGCCAAAUUUUUACAACGCGAAUAACAACCAAGCAUUCCUCUUCCGCAGCGAGCGCGAGAUGCAGGAGGCUUUGGAUCGAGAUUUGGCGAAGGAUUUCGAAAGAUCGUCUUCUUCCUCCGAUAACCACUCCCUCUUAUGCAUUGCAAAAGCAGCGUACUAGUACUACAAAUCGCAUGACAAAUUUCCUGACGGACCUGCUUCAUGACCAUGACAAACGGACUUUGUAAUGCGGAUUUCCCUUAGGAAAGAGAUUUGUAAUGCAGGGCUGCAAUUAGUACCAGUACGAUCAUACUUUUGCAAUGCAUAUCUUUCCAGCUUCCACCCCAUCCCCGACCACCAACACGAAUUGGUGAAGAUGGGGGAAAUGCACCGAUCCGCCCGGUUUUCCGAGGAGGAAACCAUGAAAUUCAUCCGGGAUUUGAAGGAAGCGCAGUUUUCUGGAGUGGGUGUGAGUCCAGUUUUGUCAUCGAAUACCAGGCCGUUUGCGUUUUUUGCGGAGCCGCCGUCGAGGUCGAAAAAAAGUGGGCUUAUUUCCAGCGGAGGUUCGAGUCCCGGAGGUUCUAGUAGUGCUCCUGUGGAGUAUCAAUUCAAGAUGAUCACGACCCCUUCGCCAGCUGCACCAGGCGGGAACAAGUUUGUUCAGCAGAAGCAGCCGGCGUCCAAAACCAAAGCGGCACCAUCUACAACUACUUCCGCAGGACAAGGACAAGGACAACAACCACGAGCCGCACCUCCACCCGGCCAAGAAGUAGAGCACCCAUUGAAAAUUCCUCCGAACGCGCUGUCCCGCAAAUCCGUCAUCCACCUAAACCACGUUCUGAACAAACACCAGCAGAUGCUGCAGAAGGGAACGAUUUCUGGCGGGAUCGAACAAGACGACCAAUCCGUGCCGCAAGCGGAGACGUCGAGGAUGAUUGAUGUGGUUUUACCAAAGUUAGACGAGUCGAUGCAGAUACUGGAUUUGCUGAGGCAGAUUUCAACCACAGGGAUGGAGCAUCUUCGUGGAUCUUCGCCAGGAACAAUAAGCACAACCAGGCUACAAUCCCCAACAUCAGCAACUACACCAUCCGAGCAGCACGACUUGAAAAUCAAUCUGUUGGUGCAACAGUUGGAGCAAAUCCUGAAUCUUUUCAAAGACUCCUGGCUUCAGCUGGACAAGGACGCGACGAACACGCAUUUCACCCUCCACGAGCUGUACACUAUGCAUUGCAAAUUUGUCUGGGUCUGGAAGAUUUCCAGAUUACUAUUUAAACUGCAGCAACUGCCCAAAAAUGAGUUUUCGGGGGGUGUUCCGGGGUAUGUUCCGACCCAUGUUCCGGGGUAUCAAUCACGAGCUAACACGGCCAUUUCCUCAUGCACCCCCCAAAACAUACCCCACACCUGACUCUGGAAAAGUGACGCCCGACCCCGGACAUCACUUUUCGCGAGUCAGCUUCGACCCCGAGCCUGACUGUCGGAAAGUGAGUUCCGGGGUAUGGUCUGGGGUAUGUUUGGGGGUGUGUUCUGGGGUAUGUUCCGGGGUAUGUUCCGACCCCUGUUCCGGGGUAUCAAACACGACCCGAAUCGGCAAAAACCUCCUGCACAACUCAAAACAUGCCCCCCACCUGACUUCGGAAAAGGAAUACCCGACCCCGGGGGCCGCUUUUCAAGAGUCAGGCCCGACCCCGGGGGCCAAAGGUUGGCUGCCUAUUCAUUGGGGGGGGGGGCGCCCCGCCCAGGGGCGCAGAAACAGGUCCGCUCGGCCUGAUUCGGGAGUGCGAAGCGAACUAACAGCCCCCAGGAAGGCCGCGCCCCCCCUCACUUGGUCGUGGGUAGUCCUGUUGGGGGGGCGCCCCGCCCAGGGGCGCAGAAACAGGUCUGCGCGCCCUGGUUCGGGAGAACAGGCUCCAGGAAGGUGGCCGCGCCAACCUCGCAUGGUCGUGGGUAGUCCUUUGGGGGGGGCGCCCCGCCCAGGGGCGCAGAAGCAGGUCCGCGCGCCCCCCCUGGUUCGGGAGAACAGGCUCCAGGAAGGCCGCGCCCUCGGUUGGUCGUGGGUAGUCCUUUGGGGGGGGCGCCCCGCCCAGGGGCGCAGAAACAGGUCCGCGCGCCCACCCUGGUUCGGGAGAACAGGCUCCAGGAAGGCCGCGCCCUCGGUUGGUCGUGGGUAGUCCUUUGGGGGGGGCGCCCCGCCCAGGGGCGCAGAAACAGGUCCGCGCGCCCACCCUGGUUCGGGAGAACAGGCUCCAGGAAGGCCGCGCCCUCGGUUGGUCGUGGGUGGUCCUUUGGGGGGGGGGGCGCCGCGCCCAGGGGCGCAGAUAGAAACAGGUCCACGCGCCCUGGUAAGGCCGCGCCCCCGGUUGGGCUUGGGUAGUCCUUUGGGGGGGGGGGGCGCCCCGCCAAGCCAGGGGCGCAGAGACAGGCCCGCGCGCCCUGGUUCGGGAGAACAGCCUCCAGGACGACCGCGCCCUCGGUUGGUCGUGGGUAGUCCUUUGGGGGGGGCGCCCCGCCCAGGGGCGCAGAAACAGGUCCACGCUCCCUGGUAAGGCCGCGCCCCGCCCGGUUGGUCUUGGGUAGUCCUUUGGGGGGGCGCCCCGCCCAGGGGCGCAGAAACAGGCCCGCGCGCCCUGGUUCGGGAGAACAACCACCCGGACGGCCGCGCCCUCGGUUGGUCGUGGGUAGUCCUUUGGGGGGGGCGCCCCGCCCAGGGGCGCAGAAAAAGGCGCAUUUUUCCAGGGGGGGCGCCGGCACCACGAGCGCCAAGCCACCCCGUUCUGUCGCAUGCAAAAAAAAAACCUGCCGCAUCAUGGGCAAGAAAAGCCACCGCGGGUGGCCCUUCUUCGCCGCAAGGUCGCAGCGCGGGGACUCUGUCCCCGCGCCAUGACCUUGUUUGUCAUGCAUAUUUUCCAUGACCAAUCUAUCUCUGUGAUGCAUGCCGUAGCAUCACAGAUUUUAUUUUGGAGCGCUUUGUGACUGAUACCUCUACCGCAUGAGAGAGGUUUUCUCCGCGUAGCACAAACUGGAGUCCUUUUGCUGGUCAUGCAAUGCAACUUUUUUCAGAAUCCAGAGACAGCAUUACAAGUUGCAGCCUUGCAGACCCAGACAUAUUUGCAGUUGAUAUACACUGCGUAUAAGCAGGAGUUGAAAAAAUCCAACAAACGGUUGGAAAUCGCGAUGACGCAAUUGUUAUCCUGUGCAAAAGCAUCGUACAACUCGUACUAAUCGCCGUCAUGCAAGACAAAUUUCAUUUUCAAGUUAAAGCAGCAUGACAAAUUCCGUUUGUCGUGCUGAGGUAAAAAUUUUUUGUGUUGCAAUUUAAUACGAGUACUCGAUACUUGUGCAGUUCAUAACUGUACCGGAAAAACGUGAUUGAAAGGAUGUGCGGUUACGUAGAGGAGCUGUACUUUAACUGGCAAGUCCGGGUGCAGAAACGACGGGAAGCGAAGUAUUUGCGGUCGCAGCUGGCGAUGCAACUGGACCACUGCAGAAUGCUGAACAGUAAAGACACCUAUUUCACGAACUGGCGCCAGGUUUGUAAGAUGCAGAAUAGUUCUAUGGCGUUACUCCACUACUACGCGACGAACCGGUUUUCGAGUCAAAAAAACCACUACUUGAUGGUCACCGUGUUUCUGCUGUGGUCGAGUUUCGCGAAGAAGCAGAAGUACGAAAUUCAGUUUGACGAUUUAACCCAGUCACAGAAAUUGGAGUCGGAGUCGUGGAAAAAACUGUGCGAGGAGAUUUCCGAGGAUCGGAAUCAGCUCGCAACGAAGUGCGCUUAUCUCCAAGAUGUUUUGUCCGCGACCACGGCCGCUGCGACCGGGGAGCGGGAGGGGCAGGUGAGAAGGGAGCUGAUGAUGUAUUACAGUGAAAAGUGCCACCCACCCCCAAAGUUGCAAAAAUUUGUGAUGCGAAGUUUCCAAAUGAGAACUUUUUGUCAUGCAUGAAAGGAGUAUAAAUCUUUCUGAUGUAGAGUCUAGUCGUGUUUCGCAUCGCUUGCAUGACAAGCACCGCUCUUGCUGGGAUCUUUUGCAAUACAAAGUUUUGCUAUUCGCGAUCGGAAAUCUGUGAUGCUGAUAAAUGCAAGAGGGCGAAUGUUUCAUUUGGAAAGGUUUGCAAUACAAAUGCUUUCAAUUUCGGGGUUGGGGGCAUUUUUCAUUGUAAUAUGAUGUCUGCCUCCCGGGGCGGUGGAUCGUUGUCGCCGACGAGUAGGAGUCCUGGGGGUGGUGUUAAUUCUGCGCAUGACAAGCACGACGACGAAGUAGAAAACAAGCACAAACUGCACCACCUCCACGCGAACAAGGAAUCCCGUAUGUUCAACAUGAGCUUGCAACAUCUCUCCAACCAAGAGAACACCGUGGACAUCAAACCCGCCUCACCCGACGAUGUCACGCAGAUCAACUCCGUCGCCGAGGGGAUGGCUUUGUUGAAUUUGGUGCGGGGGCAUCACGUGGGGAAGGGAGAUGCGGCUGCUUCAUCUUCUUCAUCUGCAGGACCCGGCCGCGGGGGAGCAAGAGCAUCUUCAAGUACUGGCGGUCUUUCCAUCACGGACCGAAACACGAUCACCAACAAGCGAAUCAGGAGUACGAAUCUCAGCCCGACUAAGGUGGCGCAAGAUCUUGUCGGAGGACCCGAUAACGGCGUAUCAAGCCCCUUAUCCCCGAACUCCCGCGCAAAAAUCGGCGCCGACUUUGUGCACGAAAACACGGGAAUCAGAUUAACGGUGGAAAAAUCGGAAGAGGAACAGUUACAGAACGAUUUGGAACUUCUCUUGCAGGGUUUCCUCGCUGGGACCAUGAAGGAACAGCAACAAACGGAUCCGGAAACCUACCAGACCUUAAUUUCCGAAUACGCGAAGCAGAUCCGAGACGGGAAGGUGUUGAACCUACCGAAGAAUUUGCAAAAUUUUCUCGAAACGAAGCCGAAAUUAUUAGAGAAAGUGAUGCAGAAGGUCGUGACAAAAGAGCAGGAGGAAGGGAAGAGUUCUUCUUACCCAUUUGGUACGGUGUCAACGACUGCAACUGGAACGUCGAACAACAACCCAAGAUCCACGGCAAAAUCUUCUAUCAUGGACCUGCACAACGUGAACGCGAAGAGUUUCGACGACAUUGAUUUAUCGCAAGCUGCGGAAAUGGACUUGCUCGGGACAAACACGAACAAGUCGACUAGUACCGGCGGGAAUGUUGAGGACUUGCAGCUGGAUAAAUUCGCUUUGUUAGAGAAGCAUGAAAAAGACGCGAUUCAGAAAAAGCUGAAGAAGCAAGCCAUUCACGAAAUCCACGCGCACGACGAGGAGGUGCACGGGAAGAGAGGAAGAGGGUUUAUCGCCCCGACGUCGGAAUUGAGCCAGAUUUUCGCGAUAAAGAACGCCGCGAAGCAGGUGGAUAUGGGCGGAACUUCUACGCAAGGAAUGUUGUCCUCUACAGAUCCGCACGUGUCGGUCUUGGACGGAAGCAAAGAUAGUCUGGAUCAGUUCGGGCGAGAAGAUAACGCUGGGUCGAGAAGUGUGUCACCGGUUUCGCCGAACAGAAGAGGUAGUACGAGUGUAGAAAGAAGUAGAAACGAGCCGGCUUCGCCGUCUCAGGCGAUUAAAAGCAGCAACAAAUUCGCUAUUGGCGCCAGUCAAGAAGACGGGAACUACAAUAGAGCUUCCUCGCCCGACGCACGCGGCGGCUCAACAGCUUCUUCUCUAGCGAAAGUGAUGAAAGCACGCCACGACCAGCCCUCCCAACUUUCCCUCCUCAACCUCGCGCAGAAACAAUCGGGGGUAACGUUAGAGCUGCUGAAAUUCUGGCGGGCUUUGCAGCUUUACCGGGAGAUUUUCAACGUUUUCUACGGGUCGGCGAAAAAUCAGGUGGAAGUGGAGAAGAAUUUCGUGACGGGCGCGCAGCCGAAGAUAAUGUCAGGUGUGUACGGGAUUUUGGAAAAAGAUUUACAUUCCGUCGACAACAGCCAAGGACUAUUGAUCCCUCGUGGCGAAUUCGUCUACAUCGAGAGAGUCUACACUUCUACCACGAACCCCGUCACGAGAACCAUUGUCUGCCUCUCCCAUGUGAACUCCGCAACACACCACUUCGACGAGGGGUUAGAGACGUCUUUGGAAGAGCUGCACGAGUCCUUGCUCGACAUUAGAUACCACUUAAACGGAACCCCGGCCGAGUUUUACGCGCAGAGCUUUCCCCAGACCGCGAACCAACCGCAGACGAUCCAGAAGAACUUGGUGAAUUUCCAGAAUUUGGUCCAAGACUACUCCCGCGAGGCAUACUUUGUCCGGGCGAUGGAUUUUGAGCAAGAAACAAACGCCGUGAAGAUGACAGAGUGGAGCAAAUUGCAGCGGGUUCUCACCUACGCGGUACCGGAUAGGGUUGCGAAUGACAACGGGACUACUAGUAGUAGUGGCGGUACAAGAAGCAAUAGCACCAUCAAGCAAAUCACAGCAUCCAACAUUUUGGAAAACGCGCAGGAUCUCGCCGGUCUAGUUUCCGACUUGUUUGUCGCUUACGCGGAGGGAGAGACGCAGAAACAGGACAGUAAGGAGACCCGGAAGGAGUAUUGCGACUACCUGCAGGAGGCCAGCCCGGAAUUUCUAUACCACGUGCAGGAUCUGAUCAUCAUUUUACGCGCCGCAACCUACGCCUGUGAAGUCGGGAAAUCGGAGCAGUUUAUCCAAAAUCCCAUGCUUUACCAGAAGUUGCAGGAUGCGCACAGCGAAAACACAACGAUAAACCAGGAUAACAUCAAACCGCCAUCCGAUGUUUUCCCGGAGGUUUUUCUACUCACCGUAUUGAGACGAAAAAUCCCACCUCCCCAUAUCAAAAGGAAGUUUCUGAUGCUGGAUUUGCGUACACAAAUCAGCUUUGUAUUGUAGAGAGGCAUUGCGGGCAGAUCGCGAGGCUAGAUAGGGGCGUAUGUGUCUAGUUGCUCAGCAUGGCAAACGGCUCCCCUUUAGGUCCAACAGCAUGACAGAUCGCCUUCAUAAUGGGGCGAAAACUCCUGCCCUCGUCUUCUUGCAAGAUACAUAUGAUUUGUGGCCUCAGAUCAGCAAUACAAAUUUUCGAAAUCAUACCUUUUCGAUAUGGGGAGGGGGGAUUUUUCCUUUCAAUACACCGAGGUUUUGAAUUCCUGUGCCGCCCACGUGAAGCACACCGCUAUGACAGUGCACAACUCCCCCUCCCCCUGAUUUGUCAUGCAAAGCCUCAAAUCCAGUCGCUGCCUUGAUGUGGCACUGUUUGCAUGACAAAUUCCGGAAGCCCAAACAGUACUACAUUACGCGCAUGAACUUGCCAUGCACAAGCUCCACACGUGCGGGCGUUUGUAUUGCUGCUCAUGCAAGACAAAUGAGGGGGAGGGGGAGUUGUGCACUGUCAUAACCGCGAUCCGGUAUUUAAUCGAAACUGCUUCGAGUUUCUACGGGGGUAAUGGUGAUGGCGCGAACGAUGACUUCGGAACCUCAAGGAAGUCCUCGUCCAAAGGAUCAUUCGGUUCCAGUCAGAAAGUGAAGAAACUCCACUUACCGCAAGUGCAGGAUACGCACGAGGCGGUGCUAGUCCACGCCUUCGGUUUCAUUUCCUUCCACUUCCGGAAGGCGGUGGAUCUGGAACUACGACCUAUCACCGGGUUGGAAUCGGAAGUGAUCGACAGGCUAGGAACGGUGUCGCAAUUGUUGCGAGAAGUCUCCCAGUUCGCACGGGGGACGGCGAUCAAGCAACUGCCGAAGGGCAAGUUCGAAAUCACGACGAUCAACAGGAUAGGAGUAGGACAACCAGAGGGGAGUGCUGCAGGAGCAACGAGUUCGAUGACGGGAAGUUUUGAAAGUCUCAGUGCCAGCGAGAGGCAACAGAUCGUGCAGAACCGGCAGAGUUUGAGCCGGCCAAGUUUGAAGCCAGAAGAUGUUUAUGUGAAGGAAAAUAGAAGAUCAAGUUCAAGCUCGAAAGAGAUGAAAGAAGGAAAUCAAAAUAGUAGAGAACAAAUCAAACCCGUCUCAACCGUCUUCGACUUUGUCGGGAAGGAGGUGCAGCUGAAAAAACGGGGAACGGGGCCACGGAGUAGCGCUCGGAAGAGCAGUAGCUCCUCAGGAUCGGCAAGUCUCUCUGCGUCGUCGACGAAUCAGCAGCAGCAGCAGGAACAAAAACGAGAAACGGUGAAGUCCCCAAGCGUUUCCGAUUUGAAGAGCAGAUUUGAACAAAAAAAGACAACGGGCAGUCCGGAUCUGAAAAAGAGUUCUUCCCCGUCUCGUGUCAGUCGGCAAAGUGUUACUGCGAACAAGAAACCGAGUCCAAGAAGAUCCUCUUCUGGGGGUAGGAACAAAUCGGCAAGAGCUAGUACUAGUAACACGAGGAAGUCCACAGCAUCUUCAAAACCACGAACAAGCCACAUGGACCUCUUAACCCGCAUGCAGGCCAACAUCGACCGGAGAUUGGCAGAACAGCAACGACAAAGUGGCAGUGGCGCCGCUGGUCCGCUGGGUGGAACCGUUGGCUCUGAUAACACGAUGCUGUUCUACCCGGAGAAACGAGGCGGGUCCUCCGUCGCUUCAUCGUCAGUAGCCCCUUCACCGUUUGACGAUGUUGAGAAGAGAAGGAACUUGGAGGACUAUCAAGCGCACAUCAAACUAUCUCCCUCGUCUUCCGCUUCUUCCCCAGGGUAUAGUUCACCAGAACUACAUCACAACUAUCGUCGUGGUUACCGUUACAACUCCGGGCAACAACAUCAUCAAGUAGACAAGAAUUUCCAAACCUCUAUCCCCGACCAGAUGAUUCGGGAGCAGUUAGACGCGCUGCAGGCGCGGGCGGUGCCGGGGGUGGUAAGCAAGAGCAAGUUGUCGAACUUGCUGGACAGCACGGAAACGAGGGAGUCGAAUCACUACCGGGAGAACAAUCAGCAACAGCAUGAGACUUCGCAUCUGCCAGGGCGCGAUCACCAUCAACCACACCACCCUUCAGGAGUGACGACUCCCGGUGCAGGGAGGAUCAUGCGGGUUUCGUUAGGCCGUGGGGGUGGUGGCGCGGGGUCGAGCAGAGCGUCGCCUGUAGAUCAGAGUUCGGUUAGUAACGGAAAUAACGGCGUUAUCACCAACCUCUCGCGAACUUCUUCCCACAACACGGCUCCGGCUUGGGUCCACAAAUUUCCGCCGGAGAAAGACCACGAGGACACAGCUUCGAUGAAAGAGAAAGCCGGUGUCGAGAAUCCUUUACCGGAAAAACGCCCGCAGGAAAGAAUUACGAGGAAGCAGAUGAAGAAGAAGUGAGAUGACGAGGUGGCUUCGCAGCUUCCUUGGUGAAGCAAGCAGAAAAUUACAACACUAAUAUCCAAAUUCAAAUUGAAAUUCAAAUUUUAGUCGUGCUGUCAGACUUUGCUAUACUGGUGAGAAAUAGCAGGCCGCUCUAAAUCGAAAUUGGCAAUGGUAGAAUUAUGUGGUACUCUGAUACAAUUUCCAAGAAAGCCCUUGAUGAGCUUGAACACUAGUACAUUCGAAAUAUUUUUCAGCAGUUAUUAUCCUCUACGGAUAUUACCUCGAACUCGAAGAACUGCAUUCUAGCACGUCAAAAGAACCUGGCAAACCUUUUUUUCAAUGGAGGAAUCAAUAUGGUGUGCUUGAUGCUGAAGGAGUGACUGAAAAGAGCUUGGUACUAGAGCUGCUAAAAGAACGAAGGAUCAUGCGAAAAAUACGACGCAACAUCAAGCAGCGGCCGUUCAUCUCCCGGCCUCAACAAGAACGGCC